ACCCUAUCAUUUCAAUGCCUAAUCUUCCCCAGGAUUGCUGGAGUGUCCUAGGAAUUGCACUGGUGUUGUAUGCCAUGGGCUGUAUUCAGAGUAUUAGCUGCAAAUCCAAAGUUUUCCGGGAAAGUAUUUCAGUGAUUGAGGUGAAAGCCUCCAUCGAUCCUGUUCCCACCAGCAUCGAUGAGUCGUCCAGCGUGGUUCUGCGAUACCGGACCCCUCACUUUCGAGCCUCUGCCCAGGUCUUGGUACCUCCUAUCCCCAAGAAAGAGACCUGGAUCGUGGGUUGGAUUCAAGCAUGUAGCCAUAUGGAGUUUUACAACCACUAUGGAGAGCAGGGAAUGUCGAGUUGGGAGCUCCCGGACCUGCAAGAUGGCAAGAUACAGGCCAUAAGUGACUCGGACGGUGUGAACUACCCCUGGUACGGCAACACCACAGAAACCUGCAUGAUCGUGGGGCCCACCAGGAAGGAAUCCAAGUUCAACAUCAGUAUGAAUGAUAACUUCUACCCAAGCGUCACGUGGGCGGUGCCCGUGAGCGAGAGCAACAUGGCAAAACUCACGAGCAUCCACCGGGAUCAAAGCUUCACCACCUGGUUGGUUGCCACCAACAUGGCCACCAGCGAGAUGGUGACCCUGCAGACUAUCAAGUGGCGUAUGAGGCUGGGCAUAGAGGUGAAUCCCAGCAGACCCUUGGGGCAGCGUGCUACGCUGCGGCAACCCUUUGCUCAAGAGCAGCCCCAGGUCCUUAGCAAGAAUGAGCCAAUACCACCCAGUGCCCUUGUGAAACCCAAUGCCAAUGAUGCUCAGGUACUCAUGUGGAGGCCAAAGGACGGGCCACCACUAGUGGUGAUCCCUUCAAAAUAUCGGUAAUAGCAACCUGGCAUCCCGGCACCAGAAGGGAAGAAAAUAACCCUGCACUUAGAUAUUUUUAGAAUCUAAGCAAAAUUCAGAUGCACUUUUUAUUCAUUCAACAGAAAUGCAACCAUUCUACCUUCUCCCAUUGGGACGGAUCUCACUGUGCUAAAGCUAAAGAGGAGACCUUACCAGGGUCUGUCUCAUCACUUUGAUUCCUAAGCGAGGAAUCAGCAAACUAAACUUUAUUUCUAGCCCUGUAGCUUUCUUUUCUUCCUGACUUUAAUUAUUGUUUGAACUUCAGUCUCAUUAGCUCACCCAGAUUGUCCAGAACAAAAUAAGGUUUUUAUCUGGGAUUUUAUUAUGUUUGGUGGGAGGAAAGGGAUUUUUUUUCUCUCCCCAGAAUGAAACUCAAGUUCCUGGA